UCCGAUCAACUCAGAAAUAGGCCGUGUGGUGUUUUGGGCACGCCACUUGAACUCAGAUGCACAGGAACGAAGGAGUGCGCUCGCAGGCGAACAGGGCAGAGCCCACCACCCAUUUCUUGGUCAAACAAACCGUUUGCGAUUUCACCACUCCUCCGAAACCGUCCCCAGGUGUCGUCACGCCAGCAAUGGCUACAAUGUCGACCGCAAAAUCUGCAAUCCCAGCCAUCUCUUUCGCAUUCCUGCUUCGCUCGCGCACCGAGAGGAUUAACAGAGCAAAAAAGAAAGGUACCCUCCUUCUAUUUCCUCUUAAUGGCCCUCCCUGUUUUGUUACUUUUUCCGUGGCUUCAAUCUCCGAUGCUGAUUGUCUCUGCGAAGCCUGCGACCUCUGGUUGGCGGAAGUGUUCAUCUUGCAAUCCUUGAUCUUGGAGCUGGAACAAAAGGCGACGGCAAGUCCGUGGGAUUUCUUGAGGUGGGUGUCUGCGGAUGAGGCGUUUGUGGGGAGUUCUCUGAGGAAAGAACCGAUCUUGGCGAGUUGCAUUAGAAAUUCCUGGCUUGGGUUUUUUCUGUUUUGCGAAAUGGAGUGAGCAUAUGGUGGGUUGGAAUGGCUCCAGGUACUGAUGUUGCACCUCUGGUGACCCGGUUGGCCCUUGAGCACGAACAAUGCAAGGGAAGUGCGUCGUCCAUGGAGGAUGAGGACCAUGACACGUUGGAGAACUUGAGCUCAAACAUGAGUGGGAGGCCUCCAAGGAACCUCUCUGUUAUACGCCAAUGUAACAGCUCUGCUUGGUUGUCUGAAAUGGACUCUGACCUUGGAAUUAUUGGUUUCAAGUCACCACCGAUUGAGAAAUCAGGGUUCUUACCUGUGUUUCGCUCGGGAAGCUGCUCGGAGAAAGGACCAAAACAGUUUAUGGAGGAUGAGUAUAUUUGUGUGGAUAAUCUUUAUGAACACUUCGAUUCAGCUGUGCAAGUCCCCUCCCCUGGGGCAUUUUAUGGGGUGUUUGACGGGCAUGGUGGUACUGAUGCAGCGUCUUUCACCAGAAAGAACAUACUUAAGUACAUAGUUCAGGACUCCAACUUUCCAGGUGGCUUAAAAAAAUCUGUGAAGAGUGCUUUUGCGAAAGCUGAUUAUGCAUUUGCGGAAGCUGGCUCCUUAGAUAGUUCAUCAGGCACCACAGCUCUGACUGCCCUUAUAUUAGGCAGUAAUAUGCUAAUUGCCAAUGUUGGAGACUCCAGAGCUGUCUUGGGCAAACGAGGGAGAGCAAUCGAGCUGUCCAAGGAUCACAAACCCAACUGUACCUCUGAAAGAUUGAGAAUCGAGAAACUGGGCGGUGUCAUAUAUGAUGGCUACCUCAAUGGUCAACUAUCGGUUGCGCGUGCCCUUGGUGAUUGGCACAUCAAGGGUUCAAAGGGUUCAAAGGGCCCUCUGAGCUCCGAGCCAGAGUUGGAGGAGCUAGUCUUGACGGAAGAAGACGAGUUCCUAAUAAUUGGUUGCGAUGGGCUCUGGGAUGUGAUGAGCAGCCAAUGUGCGGUCACCAUGGUUAGGAGAGAGCUCAUGCAACACAACAAUCCCAAUAAAUGCUCGAUAGCACUCGUCAAAGAGGCACUCCAACGCAACACGUGCGACAAUCUGACAGUAGUUGUGGUCUGUUUCUCGCCGGAUCCGCCCCCUAAGAUCGAAAUCCCAAAAAUCCACAAGAGGAGGAGCAUAUCUGCUGAAGGGCUGGACGUUCUCAAGGGCGUGUUGAACGGUAUAUGAAGAACUGCCUCAUUGCUUGUGUAGGUGAAAUUUAGAAUCAAUUAGUGUUGCUGGGGGCAGGGGAUUUUUUCGAGUUACCGCCGUCCCGUCACCUUUUCGAAAGCUAGAAAAUAUGUGUUCGUAUGUCUUGUAAAUUCGAGGAAUAGUUGUCGUUUUUCACUCGCGUUUUACCAUCCGGAUUUGAAUUAGUGCAGUUCCUCUAAUGGGCAUGAACUCAAAUGGGAGUCGGGUGAAUGGCCAAUUUCUGCAAGCUGAAGCCUGCUUGAGUGAAUGCAUCCAUCCUCUUUAGUCUCUUUCACGUUUUGCGUGGAAGAUUGUAAAUGGACCUUUAAUAAGUGGAUGACAUUCAACAUUGAAUAUCUGUCAAUACAGUUAGCAUCAUCUCUUGACAAUUUUAUGCAAAGCAUUAAUUUUUGUUC